ACAUCAUUAACCAGGACUAUACGGUGUCGCUAAAAUUGACGGAAAUAAAAAAAAUAUAUAUUAAUUAACUACUGUCAUUAGUCAAUAAAUAUUAUAAUAAUGUUUAUAACAUCUUUACUGUGUGCUAAACCAAAGAGCAAAUUUGUUUUAGUACUCUGUGAGAGUAUGGUGAGUGGACAUAAAGUGAAUCUCGUGCGAGAAAGACUUGGAGACAAAAUGGAAUUCAUGCAAUUCGAUCCGUAUGCCCAAGUGAUCGCAUACUACAAAGAACUAAAGAAAAUUCGUAGUAUAAAAAAUUGGAAGGGUUUCAACGCAUACACAAAAGGCUACAACGAGAAAGAGACAGGCGACCCGACUAAAAAAAUGCAGUAAAUAAAUUAAAAAUGUAUCGAUUAUAAAAUAAAAAAAUAACCAUUUUUGUUACGAAAAAUUGGGGAAACAAAUUCAAUAACAAA